GAGAAAUAGAGUGGGCAAAUCCACGGCACCAUGACGCACAGGUCGGCGCAUAUCCUCCAAUGAUGCUCCGUUGACUCUCUGAUCCAGAGGAAAGCAGCGCGCGUCUCAAGACAGGCUUCUGCCAUGGACUUUCUCAGCUGCCUUGUCUUAUGGAUAUCGGUCCUUCUGUACGACACCUGCGGGGUUCUGUCGCUUAUACGGAACAAUGGAAUAACAGAACCGGAGUUCAUCCGCAGGUGUGUGCAGGCGCAUAAUGCGCAUCGGCCGCGCGUCACUCCACCUGCGGCCAGCGCACGCUCCAUGUCUUGGGACAACGAAUUGGCCAAAGGUGCAAGAGAUCGUGCGAGACACUGCAGGGCCUCUUAUAACCCUAUGCUGACACAUUUCGGGCACCCGUUGUUUGGGUGGAUGGGGGAAAACAUCUGGCUGGGAGUUCCAUUCUCGGCCUUCUCGGUGGAGAAUGCCAUACAGAGAUGGAGCAAACGAGGAGCUUACUCGCUCAAAAGCAACAACUGUUCGAGGUUGUGUGGACAAUAUGCACAGUUAAUGUGGUCUACAAGCUUCAAGGUGGGCUGUGCUGUUAAUGUGUGCUCGAAAGGAAUCGAAAACUUCUCCAGCCACCCAGAAUCCACCAUUUUUGUGUGCAACUACGGCGAUACGGGACACGUUCACGGUGUUACUCCAUAUAUAUCAGGUGUGGCGUGUAGCGGGUGUGGAUCAGAGAUCUGUCAAGACAACAUCUGUAGAAAUGAUUGGUUCCCUGGGUGGGAUUAUGGCCCCACCUCUUCAGCCCACAUUACUUCCUAUUGGCUGACUAAUCUUGGACUGUGCCUACAAGGAGUUUGCUGGACACUCAUCUAUUAUGCAACACAUUAAUGUCAUCCUGUGAUCCUGUUUCCUAGCAUCUUAAAGGGAAAUUUCACCCAAAAAUAAAAAUUCUGUCAUCGUACUCACCCUCAAGUUGUUCCAAACCCAUAUGACUUUCUUGUUCUGAAUGUAAGGCACUGGGUUUGGAAAGAAAUGAAUGUGAAUCUAUAGCAAAUAUAUAUUUCCUGUUGUGUUUAUCUCUUAAUUUAACUCUUAACUCAUUUAUUUUAGUGGCAUAAGCAUUACUCAUUUAACUUAGAAAAAAGUUAAAAUUAGAUAAAAUAGAACUGUCAUUCUUCAU